CUGAAAAUCAAGAUGGCCGCCAUUAACGGUAAGACGCGCUCGAUCUCGAUGAUCACACGGAACAAUAGGGGACUUUGAACAGUCUAAUUUGCAUCUGGUGGAAUAUUAUUGUGUUUAUGCAUUUGUUUAUGCCGUUUAUAGUUCGUUCUUCAAGGAGUUCAGCGACAAGUGGCGGGGUAUUCUGACAUUGCUGUCCGUAUUAGCGGAGCUAGUAAACAAUGACAAGUAUCACGGACCCUGUGACAAUUGAUGAAUUGGAGAAAUACGCUUCCAACCAUUUGGACAAGAACGCCUUUGAUUAUUAUUCAACAGGAGCAGAGAAUGAUGUAACACUGCGUGAAAAUCGCCUGGCAUUUAACAGGUAUCCGAAACGUUGAGCAAAAACGUAGAGUAUUUAACUGGUUAGAACAAACUGACGCUAAGACACGUUAAGGGUGCGCUUGUCUAUAUUAUUCCGAGCGAGGGGGUGUCUAGAAAACGACGACCUAGAAAACGAAGACCUACGACCUAGAAAAAAACGACCUAGAAAACGACGACCUAGAAAACAACGACCUAGAAAACGACGACCUAGAAAACAACGACCUAGAAAACGACGACCUAGAAAACGAUGACCUAGAAAACGACGACCUAGAAAGCGACAACCUAGAAAGCAACGACCUAGAAAACGAUGACCUAGAAAACAACGACCUCGAAAACGACGACCUCGAAAACGACGACCUCGAAAACGACGACGAGGAUGGGGUAGCUCGAAGGAUCAAGGGGUUAGAGGGGUACAGAAGGCGGGAAAUAAGAGGACGAUAGGAGGGAAUUAUGAAGGGGUGAGAGGUGGGCGAAGAAGGAAAAUUACAAAAAAAUAGUAAAUAUUAUUUGUACAGGCUAAGGGUAUGAAGCCAAGGAAUAAAACGGUGCCGGUGGAAUUGGAAACGCAAGGUACGCGAGGUCUCCCCUCUGUUUCGUUUAUCAAACAAGCGUUGCCUGUUUGUUAUUGUAUAGAUUUAUUUGAUGACAAGAAUUGUAUUAGUUUUUCAGUAGAAUCGAAGUGAGAAAGAAAAUAAUUUACAGUCUGUCUAUAAAUUCGCUUACCUGAAGAAUCUGUUAAAAGAAUUUACUAACCUGUAAAGUGCGAUUGUUGUAACGACCCUCCAUAGAAGUAAGUUGACUUUGAAGUUUUCUGAAUUUAGCUACGAGAUUAAGACGAUUUGUGUUUGUUCUGAUUGCGAAUUAUAAAUGUUGUUCUUUUAGAUCGAAAAAUUAUUAAAGCUUGGUGGUCAUUGGAGCUAAGCUAACCAGUUCCUAAGGAAACACCCUCCCCCUCUAGAACUGGCUGGGGUGGUGGACAAUAAAGUGUUUACCAAGAGAGGAUAACCUCUCUUGGUGUUUACUGAUUAAAAGUAUAUCGGGUUAGUUUCAUUACCGAUCCCGGAGUGUGCUAAUAAAAAGAGAUUUGGGGAACGAAGUAUUUCUAAAAGUCAAAAUUUGGGAAAUUUUCACGUUUAGGCGGAGAUGCUCGAUUGAUUUAUUGAUUAACGUAAACCUUAGUUACAUGUACCCCGCGAGAUACCUUCAUCUACUGUUCUUGCGUUAUUUUCAUAACGCGGUUUAUAAAACCGUCUCUCGCAUUUUUAAACAGCAGUUACAGAGUGCUUACUGUCGUCGCAGGAGCUAUUGUUUUGUCUUGGACAUUGCAUUGUGCAUUGCGUGAAAGUGAUGGAAGAAUUAAAGAUGAACCGAAGUGAAAUUUUUAAUUUUGCUCUGCGGCGUUGUCUCUAUUUCUCAUGAUGUAAUAAUUUAUUUCUGAACAAUUCAAAAGUUCUACCGGAGAUCUCACUGCAUAUAUACCACGCUAUCGGACCUGUGAGGAAACAGAAACUCCUAGGAUGAUAGGAUUCAAAUCUUACAGUUCAAAUACAGUUCAAAUCUGAUGACAUGUCAACCUUCAUUGUGUCUCACAUAAUGCUUCACAAUUCUCGUUACCGGUAUGCUGCUGUUUCAUGUAUGGAAAAGUACGAGAAAAUGUUGAAGCCCUUCUUUCUUUAUUUUCAAAAUAUAAACUGUUUGUUUACGUUGUUGAGCUGUGAACACAAAAACGGCACGCCUGAUUUAUUUCCUGUUUGAUUUAUGUGGGCUUGAACUUCCCGCUAUAAACGACGCACCAGUGAAGCAGUGUAUAUUAUUUAGGUCAUUUAGAUUUGAUGGAAAUUUGUUUAAAUUGAUAUCAGGAUAAUAAAUAGGUCAAAGCAAAGCUUUUGCUUCCAGUAGUCACCCAGGUUGAAUCAUGACUUCAUUGACCAUACUAAAGGAAAAUUUGACUAGAGAAACUAUUUUAGUGGAGCUCUCACGCGCGCGCGCAAAGGGGGCACAACUGGCAACAAAUUUGGUUACCUUUGCAUGGGCGCCAUUCCAUUCAAUCAAAACGUCUGGUUUAAAUUUUCGGCAACUUCCAUGCAGUACCGAAUGGAACAGCAUUUUCGCAAUAUAUAUCUAAAUUUUCGAAAAUUAUCAUCGGGAAGUUUUCUUUCCGCAUUCAAAUUUGCUCCCGAAUGACUAAAUUUCUGGUUGAAAGGUUCGCAUUUCGGAAACGUUUGCGGAAGUCUGGGAACUUUUCCGAGAAAAUACUGUACAUAUUGCCGCUGAUUCCAAAGUUUCUUAAGUUUUGGGUGAAUGGAAAGCGCCCAAAAUGCAUCCAAGAAAUUUUGGUUCUGAGAGAAUCGUCUGCACGUACUACGAUGUGCAAAAAAGUGUGCUGCACGUGCAUAUUAGACCUAUUGACCUUAGCAUUACUUAUAACCAGCCCCGGGUAACUAGCGGCUAUGAGCGAUUUGCGUGGGUGUUUGGCAUGUUUGAUAAGAUUACACUGAGAUUUGCUAUGAAUAUGCUAUUUUGGUUUUGUCCGGGGAUGGGGCAUUUCGCACACUUUUAUUAAGCCCCCCCCCGCGGUUUUUUUUUUAGGUCGUUGUUUUCUAGGUCGUCGUUUUCCAGGUCAUCGUUUUCUAGGUCGUCGUUUUCUAGGUCGUAGGUCUUCGUUUUCUAGGUCGUCGUUUUCUAGACACCCCGAGCGAGGCGAGGCACCUUGCCGCAAGGUUUUUAGCCCGUUCUAGGCUCUUAGAUAGAGGGGAAGACACGAAAGAAAAAGGCACGCGAAACGUUGGCGGGGCGGAAAAAAGAAAAAGGAAGAGACCCGACUAUCUCGGAGCCUGGAACAGGCUAUGAGGUUUUAUAAUCUUGUCGCUCGAGAAGCGUGCGUGUUUCCCACGAGCAUCGCAAGGCCAGUGUGAUUUUCUCUUUGCUAUAAAUCUAUCAAGUUUGGUUGAUGUUCGCUUUGACGUCAUCAAGGGUAGUGACGUCAAAGUGCAUUAUGGGUUUCCAGGCAACCGAUUGCCAUCGAUGACAAAAUGGUGAGUGACAAGUGCAGGCAACGGACUGUCACGUUUUAUUCUUGCCUAGUCCCUGUACGGCGUUUUCCCAGUCCCUCUCGGUCAAUUCGUUUCAGUGACGUAUCCGAGACGAACGGGCGGGCAUCGGUCACGUGACCUGAAACGCUUUGGCCGCGAGCAAAAAUGAGGCCUAGGGACUAGGCAAGUUUUAUUCAUGAAAAGCUGAUGGGUUCUUUCCAGGGGGAGAAUUACCCACGAAACCCUGCAAGUGCGAGAACGAACAUCAACUUGAAAUUCAGCGUGAGCAAUGGCACAGCGAAGUCAACGCUGUCAACAAGAGACCGAGGCUACAGCAACUUACAGCAACCACAAAUGUGUACAGAGGCAGCAACAAAAUACUACAAUUACAGACUGCAAUAGCCUGAAUUUCAUCGGAUUACUUCGAGUCGUUAUUACUCCCUUUCGUUCGUAAUUCAUGUUUAACGUUCAAACCAUCAACUGCUUGCAGUACAACUCUGAGCAAGUUGUAGUUCUAUAGUCAAACACGGUCGCAAUCACGCAAUGAAAUAAACACACACAGGGAACACUUAGUUUAACAACACAAUGAUUUGCUUUAAUUGAAAAGAAGCUAUUUGGUCCUUAACGAAGAAAAAAAAACAAGGAAACAAGAAAGAAAAGCUAACAGAAUCAUUACACUUGACGGUGAAAAUAGCAAGAAGGUCGAAUUAUAACAUUGAUCUCAGAAAAUUUCGCAUAAACAAAAUCACAGGCCGCCGAAACCACAAAGCGGCGCUUUAAAUGAAAAACCUACCGACUCUCCGCAAUGAUUCUUCAUUCGCAGUUCAAUUUAGCAUUUCAGUUUCGAAGACAAGGGCAAAUUUUGCUGUUUAAGAUAAAGAUUAAGCUUAUCGAAAUGUUUUAACUACACGAAAGUAUGCCAGGGAUGCGAUCCGCUGAAUAUCAAGCGACAAUCCCGCUAAAAUUUUUCAUAAUUAUGCGAACGUUUAGGCAAUCAGCCAAUCAAAAUCACUACCCGGUUUUCGGGUAGUGAGUGACGUCACUGGACGGCAUUAACGGCCAGUCCAUCCAGACGUUACUGAGGGAGUAAAAACGACUCGAAGUAGUCGGGUGAAAUUCAGGCUACAUCAUAAUUCCACGUAGCGGGUUUUUAGCCUUCUCAUGUAGAAUACAAAAAAAAUAAAUAUGAUAUCUGUUUUUAUUUGUAGGAUUAAACUGCGCCCGCGAAUGCUACGCGAUGUAUCCCAUCAAGACAUUUCCGUUACAGUCCUAGGCCAUAAAUUAAGCAUGCCUAUCUGUGUUUCACCGAGUGCAUAUCAAGCAAUGGCACACCCUGACGGUGAACUUGCGACUGUUAGAGGUAACCUAAUUUAAAGCUUGAGAAAAUAGCUGACAUUUGGUGACACCACCUCUGGUUUCCCCGUGAAAUGACGUCUGAGAAAUGGGCGCAGAAUUCCAUACUGAUGACGCGUCACUACCCAGAUCUGGGUAGGCCUCUGAUUGGUCGUGCCGCGGUAGGAAACUUGCUUCAACCAAUCAGAAGGGCAACCCAGAUCUGGGAGGGGAUGCGUCAUCAGUAUGGAAUUUCUGCGCUCAUUUCUCACAUGUCAUGAUUUGGCGGGGAAACAAGUGGUGGCGCCGCCAAAUGUCGGCUGUUUUCUCAGGCUACUUAAUUCAGUGUUAACACUAGUAAUAGUUGACACUACAGCUGCCCCCGCUCCGUAUGUUGUCGGUCAAUUGUAGCUUUGGUCUUUGUGUAGCUCUUUGAAAUGUACUGAUUCAAAGUAGUACUGAAGAUUUUUGCACAUAUAACAUACAAGAGGUGAGAUAAAAGCAAGAAACGCAAGAUUCCGUGCACUGAGUUAGGUCGAUUUACGCAGCUUUGAUCAAAACACCCAGUCUGAGUUGCAAGAAUUUUUCACACUCGCGUUCUACAGUCAAAUGACUUUUGAGACAAUACUUUGCUUUAAAAAAAAAAGCGCUUUCUGGGAAAAGGAAAUAGAUCAGCACAGAAUUUGACAGAAUUUAAUUGUCUGGGAAUUUCUGUAAUCGUCUACCCUGCGAGCAGUCUACAUCUUCGCGUUGUGAGCUGGCGUGCGCAAAGUACUGCUAGGCAUUUCACACACACACACACACACACACACACACACACACACUACGAAAAUGUAGCCUCUGCUCGUGGCGCAUAGUAAUGUUCCAUCCUUCUGCUGAUAAGCUAGCUUGAUUUACUCGUUCGCUUAGGAAAACUUGUUUGUUUGUGGACUGAGUCUUACAGUUACGGCCCCAAAGUGAUUUGUGUCUGGCAAAUUUAAAUAGUUUCCUAUUAAAGAUUUGCUAAUACGUCUAUAAGACCGGGACAUCUACAGUUGGUUCCUUCCUUUCUUCACUCUAUUUGGUUGACUCUCUAUAAGAUGGACGUUUAUUGCCAGUCCCAAAGGUGUCCGGAGAGAGUUCACUGUACUUCAAAAACAGGUUGUGUUUGUGUGUGUGUUUUCCUUGACUUUCUUUGUUUGGUUUCAGCCGUACGUUCCUUGGGCACAGCAAUGGGUUUAAGUUUAUACUCCACGACCAGCUUAGAAGACGUAGCUCUCGAAGCUCCAAACACAAUCAAGUUUUUUCAGAUGCAGUUGUACACUGAUCGCCAGUUAAUGGCGACAAUCACAAGACGAGCCGAAAAAGCAGGAUACAAGGCAAUUUUAUUGACAGUCGACUGUCCAUUGUAUGGCAGACAUCAAGGAAGAAGAAGAUUUGAGUUACCAGGACAUUUGAAAUAUGCUAAUUUCUCGUCAGUUCAGCAGAGGAAACGGUUCAAAAGCAAUGCGGAGCUAGGUGCACAUAUCAUAGCUUUGUUGGAUUGCAGUGUUGACUGGAAAAUUCUCGAUUGGCUCCGUUCGAUUACGUCACUCCCUGUUGUUGUCAAGGGCAUACUGACACCGGAGGAUGCUCGACUUGCAGUACAGCAUGGGGCUAAAGGAAUUCUGGUUUCAAAUCAUGGAGGCCGGCAGUUGGAUGGUGUCCCGGCCGCUGUAUGUAUGACACUUGUCCAAUGUCGAAUGAUUUUUGAAUAAUUAUAGUACAGUCAACUCUAGCCUUGCGGACACACCGCUAUAACGGACACUUCGAUAAUACGGACAGUAGUUAAAUCCGAAGCAAAAAUAAAUAACUGAGAAUUGACUAAAGUAAACUUCCACUGUUACAGACUCUCGCUGAUGAGGGCACUACCUCGAGGUCCCUAAAGUGUCCGCUAUAAACGGAGUUGACUGUAAUUAACAUCAUUUUUGCUUCCUGCCAGAUUGAAGUCCUACCAGAAAUAGUGAACGCCGUCCAGGGAACUGGGGUUGAGGUGUACAUGGAUAGUGGCGUAAGACUGGGCACUGAUGUUCUUAAGGCUCUUGCUUUGGGGGCUCGUGCAGUGUUUGUUGGCCGUCCAGUUAUUUGGGGACUUGCUUACAAGGUACAGUGUACACUAUAAAACUGUGCAAGGUUUGAACCCAGGAGUCAUUUCAUAAGUAAAGCAUGAUACCCUGGUUGAGCGUAGUGCUUAAUAGGAUUCUUGUUGACUGUGACUAACGUUUCGACAACCUUUGUAAGGGGAAAACUGAGACGUUUUUACAGAGGCGUAAAGCUUUUUUCACAAGUGUUCUUCUUUGCAGAACGUUAUCAAAUGUCGCUCGUUACUGACAGCACUCCCCAGACAUCGUAGCUUCACCUCGCCCAGAGAUCAAGACAAAUUCGAUCUUUCUCUUUCUCUAGGGUGAACAGGGUGUAAAAGCAGUUCUUCAGAUGCUUAGAGAUGAAUUUAAAACAGCAAUGGUUCUUGCAGGUUAGAUGAGAAAUAAUGAACCUUUAGAAUUUUUUCAUUCUGUACUUCAUUUCUCUUUCGAAAUAGCCAAGAUAGCUGGAGUUUUCUUUGUAGCGUGGUGGAGAAACCUUCAUCCUCCAUCCCUCUUCUCUCGUGAACUCGCCGAGAAUGAAGUUUCCACCUGUCCAGCUCGCUUCAACGUCUCAUAACCUCCAGCUACCACGGCAGGCUUAGAGGUGACACUUAAGUUUGUCCACCAGUGCCUUCUUUCGUACUUUUUGUGUUAUUUAUACCUCCUUUUAAUGUUUUGAGCAGUGAUUUUUAUGUUUCACUCAGUUUGGUGGUAGCUGCGACUGUCAGUUUGAUAAAAAAUUUUGCUAAAAUUCGUGACACGGGUUCUUUAUGUGUGAUCCCUUCUGUCAGCAUUUUUGCGUCCGUUUAUAUAACUAAGGUGGAUAUAAUUAUAUUUGUUUUUACUUUUUUUUAUUUUUCAGGUUGUGCGUCUUUGAAGGACAUAACCUCUUCUCUAGUGAUGAGACCUGCAACCAGUCACCUCUGAUCCGCUAUCUACUGAAUACGUUAUAUAAAGACCAGCGGAAUGUCCUGGUGAAUUUCGAUAGCUCCGUUUUAGAAAUGUUGCUGAAUUGUAACUGCAUG